GAGAGAAACCCUCCCCCCUUUCCCGGCGGGGGGGGGGGGUGGCGCGCGCGCCCCCGAGGACGCAGGUGUGCUCUCUUUUGGUACAGCGGCACCGUGGAAGUGCAGACUUUCACGGCGGGUGUGGUUUCAGCUCACACAGGUACUCCAGAGGCCAGCGGACCCGAACGGAGGCUGGGACGCCCUGGGGGGCCCCGGGCCCUGGACAGUGGGUCCCGGUGGCCGGUGGCCCAGAAUGAGGCCAGCUCCCAGCAUGCCCUGCAGCCGGACGCCAGCCCCUCGGCUAGCAGCAGUGGUGACGACGAUACCGUCAUCCUCCAGGCACCCUACGUGGAGCCCAGGAGUGGGACAAUGCAAAGUAGCCCCUCUCCUGCCCACCCUCAACUUCCAGUUCUCCAGACAGAGAUGGUAUCAGACAGCAUGACAGGAAGCAACCCUGUAUCCCCAGCCUCAACUGACUCUCCAGCCUCCAGUGGGGCAGGUGGCAUCUCUCCCCAACACCUAGCCCAGGACUCUUCCUUGGAUGGGCCUCCUGGCCCCCCUGAUGUCUCCUCUGUGCCACUGGUUGGACUUGGCUUACCCCAGCCUGCUGACCCAGCCAGUAAGGGUCCUAAGUGGGAGAAAAGCCACGCUGAGAUUGCUGAGCAGGCCAAGCAUGAAGCAGAAAUAGAAACACGAAUCGCAGAGCUUCGAAAAGAGGGCUUCUGGUCACUAAGGCGACUGCCCAAGGUUCCUGAGCCAGCCCGACCAAAGGGUCACUGGGACUACCUGUGUGAGGAAAUGCAGUGGCUCUCUGCUGACUUUGCUCAGGAACGAAGAUGGAAACGGGGUGUAGCUCGUAAGGUAGUACGGAUGGUAAUUCGUCAUCAUGAGGAACAGCGGCAAAAGGAAGAACGGGCCAAGCGGGAAGAGCAGGCCAAAUUACGACGAAUUGCUUCAUCCAUUGCCAAGGAAGUCAAGCAGUUCUGGAGCAAUGUGGAGAAGGUGGUACAGUUCAAACAGCAGUCUCGACUAGAGGAAAAGCGAAAAAAAGCCCUAGACCUUCAGCUUGACUUCAUUGUGGGCCAAACAGAGAAGUAUUCCGAUUUGCUGAGCCAGAGCCUCAAUCAGCCCCUCGCCCCAACCCCAAGCAAAGCUGGCUCUUCUCCUGCCCUUGGUUCUUCUCACACUGGUUCAGCUGCUUCUAGUCCCCCACCUCCUGUCCUCCCCCAGCUUGAUGAUGAAGAUGGAGACUUUCAGCCACAAGAAGAAGAAGAAGAUGAUGAAGAGACGAUUGAGGUAGAGGAGCAGCAAGAGGGCAAUGAUGCAGAGACCCAGAGACGUGAGAUUGAACUGCUUCGUCGUGAGGGAGAGCUGCCCUUGGAAGAGCUACUACGUUCUUUGCCCCCCCAGCUGCUGGUUGCAUCCUCCAGUCCCACCCAGGUCCCUUCGUCAAGUGAUGCUGACUCCCAAGAGGUCCUGGAGGAGGAUGGUGAAGAAGAAGAACCUCACCAGGGCUCAAAGAGAAAGCACCCAGCACCUGUCACCCACCGAAACAAACAGUUGUGGCACCCAGAUGAGGAGGAUGAGGAGUUCAGAGCUGAUGAGGAUGAAGCGGAGGAUGAAGAAGAUACAAUAGCAGCUGAGGAACAACUGGCAGGGGAGGUAGACCAUGCCACGGAACUCAGUGAAUUGGCCCGAGAAGGAGAGCUUUCCGUAGAGGAGUUGCUCCAGCAGUAUGCAGGGGCCUAUGCUUCAGAUGCUUCAGUCCCAGGCUCAGGGAGUAGUGAAGAUGAGGAAGAUGAAGAUGAUGCUACCAGCUCUGAAUCCGAACAAGAUCAGGAAGAGGAAGAGCAUCCUGAGGAGGAUAGUAGCAGUCAAUCUGAAUCGGCUGAGGAAGCAAUUGAGGAGGAAGAGGAGAAUGUUUCUGAGGAGGAAGAGGCAAGUGAGAAUUCAGACUCAGAGGAAUCAGAAGUGUCUGAGCAGUCUGAGGAGGCCCAGCCUAGGAACCAAGCAGAUGAAGAAGAAGAAGAGGAAGAUGAUGACUUUGGAGUAGAGUAUCUUCUGGCCCAGGAUGAAGAACGGAGUGAAGUCAAGGAAGACAGUGGCCCUGCUGCCCCGGGGCCCCCUCCAUCACUAGGACCUAAGAAGGAGAUAACUGACAUUGCUGCUGCUGCUGAGAGCCUCCAACCCAAGGGCUACACCCUGGCUACCACCCAGGUGAAGACUCCAAUCCCUCUUCUGCUUCGGGGCCAGCUACGCGAAUACCAGCAUAUCGGGCUGGACUGGCUGGUCACUAUGUAUGAGAAGAAGCUCAACGGCAUCCUUGCUGAUGAGAUGGGACUGGGAAAGACUAUCCAGACCAUCUCCCUGCUGGCCCACCUGGCCUGCGAAAAGGGUAACUGGGGGCCUCACUUGAUCAUUGUCCCCACCAGUGUGAUGUUGAACUGGGAGAUGGAACUAAAGCGUUGGUGCCCCAGCUUUAAAAUCCUCACUUACUAUGGAGCUCAAAAAGAAAGGAAGCUCAAGCGGCAGGGCUGGACUAAGCCCAAUGCCUUCCAUGUUUGUAUCACAUCUUAUAAGCUAGUGCUGCAGGACCACCAGGCCUUCCGCCGAAAGAACUGGCGAUACCUCAUCUUAGAUGAGGCACAGAAUAUCAAAAACUUCAAGUCUCAGCGAUGGCAGUCUUUACUUAACUUCAACAGCCAGCGCCGUCUGCUCUUGACAGGGACGCCUUUGCAGAAUAGCCUAAUGGAAUUGUGGUCCCUGAUGCACUUCCUGAUGCCCCAUGUCUUCCAGUCUCACCGAGAGUUCAAGGAAUGGUUUUCUAAUCCCUUGACUGGCAUGAUUGAAGGCAGUCAGGAGUACAAUGAGGGGCUAGUCAAACGGCUACACAAGGUCCUUCGGCCCUUCUUACUGCGCCGGGUUAAAGUGGACGUUGAAAAGCAGAUGCCCAAGAAGUAUGAACAUGUAAUCCGUUGCCGUCUGUCAAAGCGUCAGCGCUGUCUUUAUGAUGACUUCAUGGCACAGGCUACUACCAAGGAGACACUUGCUACUGGUCACUUCAUGAGUGUCAUCAACAUUCUGAUGCAGCUGCGUAAGGUCUGCAACCACCCUAACUUGUUUGAUCCACGGCCCGUGACUUCUCCUUUCAUAACUCCCGGCAUCUGCUUUAGCACUGCUUCACUGGUGCUUCAGGCCACAGAUACCCAUCCCCUGCAGCGGGUGGACAUGGGCCGGUUUGACCUGAUUGGGCUGGAGGGCCGAGUAUCUCGUUAUGAGGCUGACACAUUUCUGCCCCGGCAUCGCCUCUCUCGCCGGGUACUUCUAGAAGUGGCCACUGCUCCGGACCCCCCUCCUCGUCCCAAGCCUGUCAAGAUGAAGGUUAACAGGAUGCUUCAGCCAGUGCCAAAGCCAGAAGGCCGGACAGUGGUUGUGGUGAACAGCCCACGGACACCCUUGAGCCCUGCCCCAGCCCGACCUCCAGGCCCUGAGCACUCGGCCCAGCUCACCUCUGGCCCAACCGCUCCAGUGCUGCCAGCCCCACUACUGGUGUCAUCCUCAUCCCCUGGGGCUCCGCUUAGCCCAGCAUCCCGGCCCCCUGGUCCAGUCCUGCUACCCCCUCUGCAGCCAAACAGUGGCUCCCUCCCCCAAGUGCUGUCACCCCCUCUGGGGGUGCUGGGCGGAACCCCACGGCCCCCCACCCCAGCCUUGCCCUUGAAGCCAUCUCCACCUGCCCCAGUGCGCCUGAGCCCCUCUGCUCCACCUGGCUCAUCCAGCCUGUUAAAGCCCCUGACGGUGCCACCUGGCUAUGCCUUCCCAGCUGCAGCUCCUCCAACCCCAGGGCCUCAGCGCCUCAUCCUCUCCCCUGACAUGCAGGCACGCCUGCCCUCCGGUGAAGUGGUGAGCAUUGGGCAAUUGGCCUCCUUAGCACAGCGGCCGGUGCCCAGUACAGGGGGCAGUAAACCUCUCACCUUCCAGAUCCAGGGCAACAAAUUGACUUUGACUGGUGCCCAGGUGCGCCAACUUGCUGUGGGGCAGCCCCGCCCGCUGCAAAGGAACGUGGUGCACCUGGUGUCAGCAGGGGGGCAGCACCAAAUCAUCAACCAGCCCGCCCAUGUGGCUCUCAUCCAGGCAGUGGCCCCGACCCCUGGCCCCACCCCUGUCUCUGUGCUGCCUUCUUCGACCCCCAGCACCACCCCUGCCCCUACUGGUCUCAGCCUCCCGCUUGCUGCCAACCAGGUGCCCCCAGCCAUGGUGAACAGCUCAGGAGUGGUGAAGAUUGUAGUGCGCCAGGCCCCAAGGGACGGAUUGGGUCCUUCACCGCAGCUGGCCCCUCCACCCCGUCCUUCCAGCUCUGGACUUCCAGCGCUGCUAACCCCACGACCUGCACUACCCUCUGGCCGGCUACCUACCCCUCCACUGGGCCCUACCCGUAGCCCCCUGCCCACACUGGUCAGGCCCCUGCUCAGGCUACUGCAUAGUCCCCCACCAGAGACAACUGCCUCAGUUCCUGGCUCUGCUCCUGUCCCCAUUUCAUCAUCUUCCCUUCCAGUCUCAACCUCACUUCCUGGCUCAAGCUCAUCUCCUCUCUCUAGUCCUAUCUUGUCUCCACUUCCCAUCUCGGUCUCGUCUCCACUUGCUGGCCCUGUCUCAUCUCCCCUUCCCAGUUCAUGUUCCACUUCACUCCCUAUUCCAAUCUCAGCUCCACUCUCCAACCCUAACUCAUCUCCGCUCCCUGUCUUAGCUCCACUUCCUGUUUCAGUCUCAACCACAGCUCUCUUGCCUACCGUGGCUUCUGCUGUCUCAACACCUGCUUCUUCAGCCCAGUCACCAUUAGGGGUUGUUUCAUCUGCUCCGGCCUCGACACUGGGCCUGAGUACAACUUCUUCACCUGUACCAGUCCAGGCUCCAGUCCACCUUCCAACUCUAGCAUCAACUUCUACAAAUGUUCAAAGCCCUAACCAGACUGGAGCUCCAACACCUACACCAGUCCUGGUUUCUGCUUCAGCUUUGGCCUCCCCUGUUCCAACAAUAUCAUCCCCAGCUUCAACUCAGGCUCCCAUCCUGACUCCAUCAUCUACAGCACCUCAGGCCCUGACUUCUUCACUGGCUCCAGGGCCAGUUCCACCAACAGCAAUCCUGGCUUCAUCUCCAGUUCCCAUUCCAGUCCUGGCUCCAUCACCAAGUCCUACUCCUGUCCUGGUUCCGUCACCAACUCCAGUUCCAAUUUUGAGUCCAUCAUCGGUUCCAGUAUCUACCUUGACUUCAACUCCGUCAUUGGUGCCAGCCCCAACUCCAGUCCUGGCUCCAUCAUCAACUCAGACUCUGGUACCAGCUAUAGUCCCAACAGCUUCAGUAGGCCCACCUUCUACCCAGACUCUGACCCUAGCCCCAGCUUUAGCACCACCUCUUAGCUCUUCUACUCAGACACUCUCUCUGGCUCCAGUGCCCCCUCUGGGUCCUUCUCCAGCUCAGACUCUCUCAUUGGCUCCAGUGUCUCCCCUGGGUCCAACUCCAGUUCAGACCCUCUCGUUGGCUCCUGCAACUCCUCUGGGUCCAUCUCCAGCUCAGACACUUUCAUUGGCUCCUGCAGCUCCUAUGGGUCCAUCUCCAGCUCAGACACUUGCUUUGGCUCCAACUUCCCCCUUGGGUCCGACUCAGACACUUUCUCUGGCCCCAGUACCUUCUUUGGGUCCAGCUCAGGCACUCUCUCUGGCUCCCACUCCACCUUUGGGUCCAUCUCCAGCUCAGACUCUAUCUCUGGCUCCAGCUUCCCCACUGGGAUCACCUCCAGCUCAUGCACUGACUUUGGCUCCAGCUCAGACACUGAACCUGACCCCAGCCCAAGUUCCAGUGCCCCCUCUGGGCCCAACUCCAGCACAGACACUGACGCUGGCUCCAGCACAGACAAUAUCUUCAGCCCCUCUACCAUCUUCCCUCCUGGCUCCAACUUCAGGCCCAGCUCCCUCACAGGUCGCCAUGGUUUCUCGGCUGCCUGUCGCCAAGGAUGAGCCUGAAACUCUGACGCUGCGCUCGGGCCCCCCUAGCCCUCCCCUUCCGGCUACCUCGUUCUGUGGAGCCCGGCCCCGACGCCAGCCACCUCCACCACCCCGCUCUCCCUUCUAUCUGGAUUCUCUGGAGGAAAAACGGAAGCGACAACGGGCAGAACGCCUAGAACGCCUCUUUCAGCUGAGUGAGGCCCAUGGAGCACUGGCACCUGUGUAUGGGACUGAAGUGUUAGAAUUCUGUUCCUUGCACCAACCUGUUGCCAGUCCAGUUGGACCCCCUGUCCCUGGGCCCAGCCAUCCUGCCUUUUGGACUUAUACUGAGGCUGCCCACCAGGCUGUGUUGUUUCCCCAGCAGCGUCUUGACCAACUGGCAGAAAUCAUUGAGAGGUUCAUCUUUGUCAUGCCUCCUGUGGAGGCUCCUGCCCCAUCCCUUCAUGCCUGCCACCCGCCUCCUUGGCUGGCUCCACGCCAGGCAUCCUUCAAGGAGCAUCUGGCUUGUGAACUUUGGCCCCGGGCUCGGCCCCUGCACCGCAUAGUCUGCAACAUGAGAACCCAGUUCCCUGACCUGCGGCUUAUCCAGUAUGACUGUGGAAAGCUGCAGACACUUGCAGUAUUGCUAAGGCGACUCAAAGCUGGGGCACACCGGGUGCUCAUCUUCACCCAGAUGACUCGAAUGUUGGACGUAUUGGAGCAGUUCCUUACCUACCACGGCCACCUCUACCUACGGCUGGAUGGUUCUACCCGUGUUGAGCAAAGACAGGCUUUGAUGGAGCGGUUCAAUGCAGACAAACGAAUCUUCUGCUUCAUACUGUCUACACGAAGUGGAGGUGUGGGUGUGAACCUAACUGGAGCAGACACGGUCAUCUUCUAUGACAGCGAUUGGAACCCCACCAUGGAUGCCCAAGCCCAGGACCGCUGCCACCGCAUUGGCCAGACUCGAGAUGUGCACAUCUACAGGCUUAUCAGUGAACGGACCGUGGAGGAGAAUAUCCUGAAGAAGGCCAAUCAGAAGCGAAUGCUGGGGGAUAUGGCCAUAGAGGGCGGCAACUUCACCACAGCCUAUUUUAAACAGCAGACAAUUCGUGAGCUGUUUGACAUGCCCUUGGAAGAGCCAGCUGUCCCUAUCCCACCUGUGCCUUCUGCCCCUGAGGAAGAGGAAGAAGCUGUAGCCAAUAAGCAGACCCACAUUUUGGAACAGGCACUGUGUCGGGCAGAGGAUGAAGAGGAUAUCCGUGCAGCCACUCAAGCCAAGGCAGAGCAGGUGGCAGAGCUUGCAGAGUUCAAUGAGAAUGAAGGUUUCCCCACUGGGGAGGGAGAGGAGAGUGGGCGGCCAGGGGCUGAAGAUGAAGAGGUAUCCCGAGCUGAGCAAGAGAUCGCUGCCCUUGUGGAGCAGCUGACCCCUAUUGAGCGCUAUGCCAUGAACUUUCUGGAGGCAUCGCUGGAGGAUGUGAGCCGUGAGGAGUUGAAGCAAGCAGAAGAGCAAGUAGAGGCUGCACGAAAAGACCUAGACCAGGCUAAGGAAGAAGUAUUUCGUCUUCCCCAUGAGGAGGAGCUGGGGGCCGGAGCAGGGGAUGAAACAGUCUGUGGGACAAGUGGAGGCAGCCAUCGCCGUAAUAAGAAAGCCAAGGCCCCUGAGCGUCCAGGAACCCGAGUCAGUGAAAGGCUUCGUGGAGCCCGGCCUGAGACACCAGUGGCAAAUACUACUGCUACCCCACCUGCUCAUCAUACGCGUAGUAACUCCACUGCCCCUCGUCACAGCCGAAGCCCUGCCAAUGAGAGAACCCCACGGGCCAGCUCACGGCCCCGGCUUGUUUCAGUUCCAACUCCUGUGUCCACACUAGCUCCUGCCACCCCACCAGUACUUAGUACCCUACCAGUUUCCACCUCUCCACCAGUCCUCAGCCUACCACCAACCUUGAGACCUGAGGUAGAACCAUCAACUCAGUUGGAGCCACUCCCUCAGUCAUCAGAGCCUAAGUAUGAGGAGGCACUAGUGGCUGGCCCCAAGACCCCUCCACUAACCCCUCCCUCCACAAAAGACCUGCCAUCAAGUACCACUGAGCUCUCUAUACCAGAGGAGAGUUUCUUCCCUAGUAUACUUGCCCCAAGCCCAACCCCUAAGACAGAGGCUGUUUCUAAUGGCCAUGAGCUGGAUCCUCCAGAGCAUGUUGAGGAGACCACACCAAUACCACCUAGUGAUGAAGAGUUAACUCUAGCCCUAAGUGAGGACAAUGACCUUGGGUCCCCAUUCUCUGGAGCUCCUGCAGAGCUUUCUCAGGAGCCGCCAGACAUUCAACAGCCAGUGGAGGUUCGAGUCCCACUACCCAGCCCUGAAAAGUUUGAAGUCCCUGUUUCAUCAGAGGUUACAGGUCCAUCAGCUUCUUCUUCGGCUGCCUCUUCACCCGAGAGUCCUUCACCAGCUCGUCCUCCCAGACGUCGCACCAGUGCUGAUGUGGAAAUCCGGGGACAAGGGACAGGACGGACUGGGCAGCCCCCAGGUCCCAAGGUACUGAGAAAGCUGCCAGGCAGGCUGGUCACUGUGGUAGAAGAGAAGGAGCUUGUGCGAAGGCGACGACAGCAGCGUCCAGCGUCCACACCGCCAGCAACAGGGUCCUCGGAGAUUGGGGUCAGCCCUGGAAGCUCUUCAACCAGGAGCAACUCUGAGCCUGAAUCCUCCCCUCCUCUGGGAGGUUCCUGUGAUUCUGUGCCCCUUACCGCUCUGCCUCCCCAAGCCCGGCGGCCCUUGCCUGCUCGCCGCCGCAUUGACCUGGGCAGUUCUAGUGGGGACAGCCCAGAGAAUGGAGAACAGGGACAGUUAGGUCUACCUGUUAUGAAGCGCAAACGUGGCCGACCACCCAAGAACAGGUCCCCUGGGGAUGCAGGGCGUGAACUACAUGAGUUGCUCCAACCUGUACCUAAGGACAAGACCAAUGGGGCUGAGUUAGUGGCAUCACCUGUGGAAAAACGAAAGCGGGGACGGCCCCCUAAGGCACGAGAACCACCUACCCCAGGAACCCUGCCCAUUCAGGGAGGUGGUGGCACUGAGAGCCGGACACCGCCACCCCCUUUGCCAUCUCCCCCUCCCAUUCCUCUUGUCCCUUCUCCUGUCCCUGCCUGCCCAACAGCUGUCUCGCCUUCUCCACCAAAACGGAAACGGGGCCGACCCCCCAAAAAUCCACCAUCACCCCGGCCUAGUCAGCCACCAGCUUUCGAGCAUGACAGUUCUUUGGGUCUUGAAGCUGGUGGAGGGGGGAAACAACAGCAGAAGCCUUCUGUUGAGAGUGAGGGUAGCUCCUCUGAUGAGGAUGGGGGUCGCCCUCUUACUCGCCUAGCCCGCCUCCGCUUAGAAGCAGAGGGUCCGCGGGUUCGGAAGGCAGAAGGAUCUGUGGCAGCCAUCCCUAAUAGGGAUGACGCAGAGUCAGCAGAAAGUGGCACUGGUGGCACUGAUUCAACAACACCCCCUGUACCACUGCUCCCGGUUCCCCGCUCAACCCGGCUGCGUCCGGGCUCCCUAGUCCCCCCACUGGAGAGUGAGAAAGUACCCCGAAAACGGGCAGUGACACCAGCCAUUGGUGGCCCUGUCCCAGCCAAGAGGAGGUACCCACGACCUCGAAGCCCUCUGGGGGCUGAGGUGUCAACAGAGGAAUCGGAGGCUGAGGCCUCAGGCGAGGAGGAAGCUGAGGGUGAUGGUAUUCCACGCCGUCGGCCUCUGCCCCGUCGCCCAGUUGUGGCCACCCCUGGGGACCAGCGUGUCCUGCGAAGCAGUGCCCCUAUGAAUACAGUUGGCCCUUCCCUCAGCCACAGAGGUCGAAAGGCUAAGACGUGACCAGGCCAUCCCUCCACUCUGGCUGGCCAGCUCUGCCCCUCCAUCCCCACAGCCAGUCCUGACUGUUAAACCACUACUUGAAGUCUGGGGGGAGGCCUUCAGGGGAAUACAGGGGGCCUUCCCCCCUCCCCCUACCAAAGUGUGUGUGGGGGAACUGGUUGUUGUGGAAACAGGGCUCUCUACCCUCCCCACCCCCAUCCCUUGGCUGGGCAGUGUUAAGGGUGGCAAGAUGGCCACUGUCCCCAUUCUCCUAUACUUGAUUCCUCAUCCUGGCUGUCUUUCACAGGUCCCUACCCCCAGGGGGAGGGGGAGGGACUCCUUUCUCUCUGCGAUGAGUUUUUUUUUUUUUUUUAAAGAAGAAAAAAAGAAAAAUAAUAAACUUAGUUUCCGUAUGAGCAUCAGCGUAAGGAGGCUUCUGAUUUCCUGGGAUGCUGGAGGGUGGGAUGGGGCUUGGGCUUCAUCCAUUUCUCCAGUCU